AUGUCAGACACAGAGGGAGAUACCAUCGAGGUGGUUAAUCCAUCAUCGCAACGACGACCAAGAUUGAAAUUGAAGUUCGCCGCCGCGGCGCGCGGAACUGCGACGGGGAGCGGGAGCCAGCCUCUUCCCGCACCGCACCCGCUACCCGGCGACGAUCCAAACCCGCAAUCUACCGCUAAUACAGACAAGUACACGACAGCGAUUUCUAACAUUGACAAAAUCUACGCGGCCCUGGCCACAUCAGACAGUCUGAACGCGCUUCCCCCUCUCCUCCUUCGCGAAGUCCUGUCCGAAGCAAAAUCUGCAUUCACGAUCCUCCGACAGCAAACCCACCAACCGCCGGACCUCCGACAGGUCCUGAAUGAGGUUCGCGCAGUAAAACACGCAAUCUAG